AUGAGUUUACACAAAGCAAGAAUAAAGGCGUUUGAAGAAGUUUUGGAAGAAGAUGUGGUUGAUAUUGAGAAGUUGAGAAAAUUAGCGUUUAAUGGUAUUCCUGAUGAAAAAGGCCUAAGAUCCUUGGUAUGGAAAAUAUUGCUGCUCUACUUGCCCCACCAAAAAAGUACUUGGAAAACGACUCUUAAUGAGAAAAGGCAAAAUUACAAACAUUAUAUUGAUGAAAUAAUAGUGUCCCCGGGAGGUCCCACUGACCACCCUCUGAACAUCAGUCCUGAUAGUUCCUGGAGCACUUACUUCAAGGACAAUGAAGUUCUGUUACAGAUUGACAAAGAUGUCCGUCGGCUAUGCCCUGAUAUAUCUUUUUUUCAAUCUGCCACAGAAUUUCCAUGCGAGGAAAUAGUAAACAGCAAUGGUGUGAAGAGAUUGCAUAAAAGAGUGGAGCAGUCGGUCCUGAAGUUUUCAACUUUAGAAAGACGGGGGCUAGGUGUAGCCAAGUUGAGCAAUGAAAUCCGGCGCUCAGACAGCGCCCACAGCGGAGACUACGCACCGCUGAACGAGGGCUGUGAGGCGCACUGGGAGGUAGUGGAACGAAUGCUGUUCCUGUAUGCCAAGCUGAAUCCCGGCCAGGGCUACGUGCAAGGAAUGAACGAAAUUAUCGGCCCUAUUUACCAUACAUUUGCUAUUGACCCUGAUAAGGAAUUUAGAAAACAUGCUGAGGCUGAUUGCUUCUUUUGCUUCACCAAUUUGAUGGCGGAGAUACGUGACUUCUUCAUACGCACCCUGGACGAGUCUGCCAGCGGCAUCAACUAUGUAAUGGGCAGGCUCAGUGAUUGCUUAAAGAAGACUGAUCCUGCUGUUUGGAACUUGUUGGAGAUACAAGAACUGAGACCCCAAUAUUAUAGUUUUAGGUGGUUGACACUAUUACUCUCUCAAGAAUUCUCACUACCAGAUGUUGAACGGAUUUGGGACUCCAUGUUUGCUGAUGCGAAGAGAUUUGACUUCCUAAUUCAUAUCUGCUGUGCCAUGAUUUUGUUGGUUAGAAAGGACUUGCUCAGCGGAGAUUUUGCGUCCAAUGUGAAAUUACUUCAAAACUUCCCUCCGAUGGAUGUAUCUCUGAUCUUAAACAAAGCUGUAGAAAUAUCAAACAUUCGAUAA